CAAAACACAAAAUGCCGGAGGAACUCAGCGGGUCAGGCAGCAUCUGUGGAGGGCAUCGGGCAGGCAACGUUUCUGGUUAGGACCCUUAAUCUGGUAGCAGAGAGGAGUUGACAUCGGGGAAGGGAGUAAGCACAAAACACCGUUUAUUGAGUGUGUACUGGGUUAUCUAUUAAGUCUGGGCGCAAGUGCACUGGGAAAACCAGUCAUUUCCCGAGAUUGGCGAACGUUAGACGUUGGUGAGAAGUCAAAAAUGAGACAAUCAUUUUGUGGAAUUUAUACACAUGGAGUAAAAUUUGUUUAAAGUUUAUUUGAAAAGUCUGCGAUUCUUCAAAUAUGAAUGAAUAUACAAUGCAGACCGUUCUUCAGUUAACUCGCUGGGUUUUAUUUUAUUUGGGACUUCUGCAAGAAAGGGUUAUUAGAUCCAGUAUUCACGAUGCAGUAUGUGGAACUGGCACUCUUAGAAAGUUAUGGACGGGCUUCAGAAUAUUCUCUGCAAUGAGGUAGAUGGACACAUGGUGAUUUUUUUUUUUUUUGGAGAGUGGUUUGCUUUGAAGUGAAAAGGGACGGGUCAGCUCGGCUGCUCAGAAUGCUAUUUGGUCCUCUUGUAGGAGCUUGUGGGUUAAGGAGCUGACGAUGAUCGAUGUCUGAGGCCGUUUAUUAUUGUUGAACGUCGCUGAAAGAUUUUUUUUUUAACGUAGUCUGUUACAAUGAGACUUGAAUGCAAAAGAGUGCUGGAGUCGACUGUAUGUGUGCAGGGAGGCGGGUUCUGAUUGACAGAUCGACGUCAGCGCUGAGGCAAGUAGGCCCUGUACUCAACAUUAACGAGCACCAGAGCAACGGAGAGAUUCUGCAGCAUCCAGCAGGUUCACCGUGAGAAUCAUCCGAUAACCUUCAACUUCGCUUUAUCUGCAUUGAUAAUAUAACGAUAUACAUCAGACAUCCCCCCUCCCCCAAUUAUUCCAGGAGCAGUUGGGGAGUGGAACGCUCUCAAUCGUGGGGAUUUCUGCAGAAAUCAACUUGGUUGCAAGACCUGGGAUAUCUUUUACUGGGCUCGCCCGCGGCCGUACAUUCCGAGACUUUGGUCCAGGGUCGUACUUUCACCAGUGGAACUACUGGGGGCCCUUAUAAAAUAAUCUGGAUUUGCUGCAUAUUGAAAAACUUCGAAUGGCGAACCGCUGAUCGAUUCGGAUAGAAGUCGAGGUUCAGUUUGUUGAGAUGCUGCAAGAAAAGAGUGCUGCAGAAAGUGAAGAGAGCUAUCCAGCAGCUCAGGUGGAUGGACACCAGGAACACAAUGUGCAGUCACCAGGGCACGGAGCUCCAGGGGCCAGUAGCAUGUCUCCAGGCAGCCCACAGGGACAGGACCCCGACCAGAGCAUCGAGAACAUCAAGGUUUAUCUGCAUGAAAAGGAGCUUUGGAAGAAAUUUCACGAAGCUGGAACAGAAAUGAUCAUCACCAAGGCUGGCAGGCGAAUGUUUCCGAGUUACAAGGUGAAGGUUACCGGGAUGAAUCCAAAAACCAAGUACAUUCUGCUGAUUGACAUUGUGCCUGCAGAUGAUCAUCGAUAUAAAUUCUGUGACAACAAGUGGAUGGUGGCUGGAAAGGCAGAGCCGGCCAUGCCCGGGAGGCUGUAUGUGCAUCCGGAUUCACCAGCUACGGGGGCACACUGGAUGCGACAACUCGUCUCCUUCCAGAAACUGAAACUGACCAACAAUCACCUGGAUCCAUUUGGGCAUAUCAUUUUGAAUUCCAUGCACAAGUACCAACCAAGACUCCACAUUGUGAAAGCAGAUGAAAAUAAUGCCUUUGGUUCAAAAAACACAGCCUUCUCUACUCAUGUAUUUACGGAGACAACAUUCAUUUCAGUCACAUCAUAUCAGAAUCACAAGAUUACCCAGUUGAAGAUUGAAAACAAUCCAUUUGCUAAGGGAUUUAGAGGAGGAGAUGACAGUGACUUGCGCGUAUCUCGUUUGCAGAGGUACGUUAUGCAACAAACAUGCAGAGAAUAUCCAGUUAUUUCAAAAAGCAUUGUAAGACAAAGACUUAUUUCAAACCACGGUCAAUUGACACCGAAGAUGGAAGGCAGCGGGCCUCAUGGAACACAGGGUCAUCAGCACUAUGCUUACGACAACAAUGGACCAAUACAAAUAACGGCAGCAGGCGCCCAAGAUCUGGCAAUCAGCCCAUUCGCACCUCAAAGAGAUUCAGGACUGAUCUAUCACUGUUUUAAACCACGAGAAGCCCAUGGCCAUCCAGAGUUGCCCUGCAAGCGGCCUUUUCUCGAAGCUCCCGCCUCCAUUGCGGAUGACCAUUAUUUCCGUCCACCACCUUACGACCAGCAGGUGAUGAAUCCGUCGUAUCGGAACGAGCAAGAUUUAAGGGAUGCCUGUAUGUUUUCCGCCCCUGGAAGUGAUGUGCCUGCGGGAGCCACGGUCGAAGAGCAUCCUUCUCAAACGCUAAACUGCAACAUGUGGGCUUCUGUUCCACCGUACGGUAACUGCAGCGUUCAGACCAUGGAGACCGUUCCUUACCAGCAUUUCUCAGCCCACUUUACCACCACGGCGAUGAUGCCACAUCUCUCCAGUCUUCCUGGACAGAGCUCACAGCCCCCGUGCGAGUCACAGUUCAGUGGCUAUCACUCGCCACCGCAACAGCAGGUCCGACAGAGAGUCCCCAUCUCCUCUUGCUCACCCCGAGACAGAGUGCCCCUCUCCCCCCACGACAGAGUCCCACCUCCUCCUCAUGCCCAGAACCCUCGCGAGUUCCUUUUCUCACAAAGCCUCUCCCUACCGAGGGAUCUACCUAGCCAGUACCAUUCUGGUUUGGGGCCCGUGACAAACUGGACCGACAGCUGACUCAGAAUGAUAUGAAGAAGCAGUAUUAUUACCAAGGAUGUAGGAAAGGCCUGGGUGUCUACUGUCCAGCGGUUGUCCCACUUCAGAUGCUUACAAUAGCCCUCAAAAGGUCAAUAUCAAGACUCCACCUCACACCAAAGAAACCACCCAGAAUACUUCUCCAACGAUACUGCUUUUCUCACCAUUUGCUUGAGAUUAUAAGUUCCUUGGUCUAUGGUGAAUUCCCAAAAUCAAUGGCAAAGAUGAGUUCUGCAAAUAAGCAUAAAACCAAGAAAAACAUAAGGGGGCAAUCCUGCAGUAAUCUCCUAUUACUAGACUUGGGAAUCUAAGGGUUCUGCAAAUUAUUUUAUGUAUUAUGGACAGCACUAAAAGACAAGUAUUAUGUGCUUAUAUCCAAUAAUGGAAUAUAUAAAUAACAGUAUAAUAUUUUUUUAAAUUCAUCUAUCUAUGAAUAAUUUUGGAUGACUGUGAAUUCAGUGGCUGGAGCAGUAAUUAUUUCUGUUUCUCUAACUAAUUUCCAUUCUCUUAGCUUAUACCCUACCCACCAAUUCCUAUUGUGUGCUCACGUGGUAUUUUAUUCUGUUAUGUAGACUGUGGGCAAGAAUUUCAUUGCCAGCUGGCUGCUGUUGCUGUACUGAACUGGCCACAGAAAGAUGCAAAACAUUUGUAUAAAGCAUCAUUCUGCUCUUCCACGGGGAAUGGGAAUAACUGAACCCAGCACCUUCCAAUUGUUGAUCUUUGAGGUCCACCGUCUGCAGGGAGACUAAGGAGAAUGAAUAUCCUCUCAUUCUGUAUUGUCGUGUGCUAGUGAAUGAAUCCACUGCAGAAUCACCAACUUGUAAUUCCUUUUGUAAUUUAAUAUUUGAAUAAGUGCCCAGUUGCUGAUUAGUGCCAAAUAUAUAUUCAUUUGCUUAAUUAUCCAUGUAAACUAGCCAUUUUCAUGUGCAUAAUUAUACAAUCUUUUUACAUGCAGUUUCUGAUAAGUAAAGCGAAAUAUUUGCGAACUUUGGUAAUCAAUUGUUUGCAGUGUAAAACCUGUGUAAAUCAUGAUGUUCAAUUAUUGAUGCAGAGAAAAUUUGAAAAAAAAUGUAAGUAUUUUAUGCAAAUGUUCAGUUUGAUAUAUAAUUAUGGCUUAAAAAUAUUAAAAGACAUUGAGUGAACUUCUCUGAAAUCCCAUGCUAAAUUCAGCUCUGAAUCUUUGAAGCAUUUCACACAUCUGUAUCAGUUUUCCAAUCCAUUUAUAUUCUAAUUCAUGAUAGAGUCCAUGCUGCAUAGAAAUUAUGUUUGUCAGCUGUCAAUUAACCUUCUAACUGUUGCCGCUCACUAAACCGCUUGAAGAAAGCUUGUCAAGAACAAGCACUCAAAGGAGCUUUUGUAAAGAAUGGUUUUACUUGUGUUAUCGUGCUGCAUCCCAAAGUGUUUUAGAUCAGGAGUAUUAGAUACUUACACUUUUGCGAAAGGGAAUAUUUCUCCAUAUGUUUGACGAAGCAAAAAAAAAAGUUAUUUAUGAAUGAGUUUAUAUUUUCCCCCAAUUCUAUCUACAGGGAAAUUGGCUCAUUUUGGUUUUCAUCAAUCACCUUUCUUUUGCUACAUUUCAGUUUAAGGGUAAAUGAUCUUCCUGCCCUCUGGUCUGUUUCAGCUGAUAGUCUGAUAUUAACCAAGCAGGAUUUUAAAAUUAUGUUUGGCCUCUCUUCUCUGUGGAUAACCUCAACCCUUAAAAUCAGACAUCAGCAGGCCAUUGAAUGCAGAAAAUGUGGUAAUGACAUUGCAACACUAAUUCAUCAGAAACCUUCAUUUAUUCUGCAAAUAUUCAACUAGUUUCAAAGAAUAAU